AUGGGAUGCGUAUAUCAAAACUCUGGAAAUCUUAACCAGACUGAGGACGUGUACGCAAAUUCUGAGGUAAAAGGCAACUUUGGAGACAAACAGGUGUACGCACCUACAAAGAAUAAGGAUGGGUUGAUAUACGCAGAUCUUGAUCUAGUACCUAACAUGAGUGGAAACCGGUUUGUUAUAAGAGGGUUGGAAAACCGAAACAACUAUGCAGUUAUUGACCUUACCAAGACAGCAGAGCCAUUGCCAUUGGAAAGUGACAGCGAUGAUGAUGAUGCUAGAGCAAAAACGACUAAAGAGGAAGAGUGAACAGAAAAUAACAAGCAUUUACACCCACCUUUUUUAUACAAAUAAAACCCUUUGUUUUUCUCUCACAAAAUUAAACAUUGCUAAAACAUUGAAAAUGAAUAUAGAAUGAUUGGCUAUACAAUAUGUGAGUGGUUUAUGUUUUCUUACGUGCUAAAACUAUUGACUUCUUUUAUAAUGUACAUGUAUCACUUCUUUUGAAGAUAACCAAAAUAUGAUAAACGUAUUACGUAAAUGUAAGCAUCAUGUGGCA